AAGAAGCCAGAACAUACCACCAGCCCUUUGAGAACACAGCAUAACAAACGUCACUACUUUACCACUUCCUUGACGAGGAGACAGUACAGAGCUCUUAAAGAUGGCGGAUGAGCGGAAAGACGAAGGAAAGGCGCCACACUGGACAGAGGCAGCUGCACACCCUCACCCUCCAGAGAUGAAGGACCAAGGCGGGGCAGAGGAAGGGCUGAGCCGCAGCGCCAAUGGAUUUCCAUACAGAGAGGAGGUGGAGGGCGCCUUCGGGGAGCACAGUUCACAGGGCACCUAUUCAGAUACCAAAGAGAAUGGGAUCAAUGGAGAACUGACCUCGGCUGACAGGGAAACAGCAGAGGAGGUGUCUGCAAGGAUCGUUCAAGUCGUCACGGCUGAAGCUGUGGCAGUCCUGAAAGGUGAACAGGAGAAGGAAGCCCAACACAAGGACAAGCCUGCAGCUCUGCCUUUAGCAGCAGAAGAAACAGCUAAUUUGCCACCGUCCCCACCACCAUCGCCAGCCUCAGAACAAACAGCAGCAGUGGAGGAAGAAGAAGAAAAUCUAGAGGGUGCGGUGGCUGAGGAAAUGAAACCUGCCGCUCUUCCGGGCAAAGAGUGUGGGGCUGCUAAAUCCUCAGCCCACCCCCAGGGCCUCAGUGGGGGCCGAGUGGAAUCUAGUGCAGAGGAGCAUAUAGUUCCAGAAGACAGUGCCCUGGCAGGGGCUCCGCAUGAGAAAAGUGUAAAAGAGGUCACGGAAGUGGCUCCAGAAGUAAAAAUUCCUUCCUCUGCCAAGGAAGAUUUACUUACAGCCUCGAAGAUGGAAUUCCCUGAGCAGCAGAAAAUGCCUUCCUGUUUCGCUGAGCCUUUAGACAAGGAUGAAAAGGAGUUCAAGAUGCAGAGCAAGCCUGGUGAAGACUUUGAACACACUGCCUUAGUUCCUCAGCCAGAGACAACUAAAACUCCCCAUGACAAAAAGGAUAUCCAAGGCACAGAAGGAGAAAAGUCACCUACCAUUCCAUUUGCGCAGACUUUUGGUACCAACCUUGAAGACAUAAAACAGAGCCCAGAAGCAAGCAUAGCAGUACCUAGCAUUGGCCUCUCUGCAGAGCCAAAAGGUCAGAAAGACUGGUUCAUCGAAAUGCCGAUGGAAUCCAAGAAGGAUGAGUGGGGUCUAGCUGCCCCAAUAUCUCCUGGUCCCUUGACACCCAUGAGGGAAAAAGAUGUACUAGAGGAUAUCCCAAGAUGGGAAGGGAAGCAGUUUGACUCGCCCAUGCCAAGUCCCUUUCACAGUGGAAGUUUCACUCUUCCCUUAGAUACUAUGAAGAAUGAGAGAGUUGCAGAAGUGUCCAGACCCUUUGCCCCUGUCUUCUUCCAACCAGAUGACAAAACGUCUCUGCAGGACACCACUGGUCUAGCUACUGCCAAAGAUAGUUCCAGAGAUGAGGAGCCACAGAAAGAUAGAGCAGACAAGGUGGUAGAUGUUCCAGUCUCAGAAGCUGCCACUUUACCCAAAGAUGUUCAUAGUCCAUUUCUGGAAGGGUAUGUCAGGGACAAUGUUUCAGGGGAAGAAGAGAGUAUCACAAAUCAAGAGAAAAAAGAAACUUCAACACCCAGUGUACAGGAGCCAAUGCUCACUGAAAAUGAACCACAGACAAAGCUUGAAGAGAAAACAACUGUUUCCAUUGAAGAAGCUGUGGCAAAAGAACAUGAAACCCCAAAAUUGAGGGAUGAUAAAACAGAUGUAAUUCAGAUCUCCACUGAGCAUUCUAUCUCCAAAGAAGAACAGAAAGUCCAAGGACAUGCAGCUGAAGAGUUAAAACAGGACUCCUUCCCUGUAAGUCUGGAACAAGCAGUUACAGAUCUAGCCAUGGCCUCCAAGACCUUGGAAAAAGUGCCAACUGAGCCAGAGGCAGUGAGUGAAAAGAGAGAAAUCCAGGGACUUUUUGAGGAGAACAUAGCUAUCAAAGAUAAGUUAGAAGGAGUUGGAUCUGCAACAGUAGCUGAGGUUGAUGUGCCAUUUUAUGAAGAUAAAUCUGGGAUGUCCAAGUACUUUGAAACAUCUACACUGAAAGAAGAAGUGACAAAGAGCAAACAGUUGGGCAGUGAUUACUAUGAACUGAGUGAUGCGAGAGGAAGUACCGAGGAAUCACUUGACACUGCAUCUCCCAAGAAUCAACCCGAUGAAAAGGAACUUCCGGCCAAAGAAUCCCAGCCGAGCGCUCCAGCACAAGAAGCAGGGUACAGCACUCUGGCCCAGGGUUAUCCAUCUGAUUAUCCACCUGAGUUACCUGAAGAACCAAGUUCUCCUCAAGAAAGAAUGUUCACUAUUGACCCAAAAGUUUAUGGGGAGAAAAGAGGCCUUCACAGUAAGAACAAGGAUGAUCUGACACUGAGUCGAAGUUUAGGGCUUGGUGGUAGGUCUGCCAUAGAACAAAGAAGCAUGUCCAUCAAUUUGCCCAUGUCUUGCCUCGAUUCCAUUGCCCUUGGGUUUAACUUUGGCCGUGGCCAUGAUCUCUCCCCUCUGGCUUCUGAUAUUCUAACCAACACUAGCGGAAGCAUGGAUGAAGGAGAUGAUUACCUGCCGCCCACCACACCGGCAGUAGAGAAAGUCCCUUGCUUCUCAACAGAGAGCAAAGAGGAAGAAGGGAAGACGGAGGAAGCAAAAACAACUGGCGAGCAGACCAUUCAAGUUGAAACAUCUUCUGAGUCACCCUUCCCAGCCAAAGAAUAUUAUAAAAAUGGUACUGUCAUGGCCCCUGAUCUGCCUGAGAUGCUAGAUCUGGCAGGAACCAGGUCCAGAUUAGCUUCUGUGAGUGCAGAGGCUGAGGUCGCCAGGAGGAAAUCAGUCCCGUCAGAGGCUGUGGUUGCUGAGAGUAGUACAGGUUUGCCACCUGUCACUGAUGAAAACCAAGUCACUGUAAAACCUGACAGUCAGCUUGAAGACAUGGGAUACUGUGUGUUCAAUAAAUACACAGUCCCUCUCCCAUCACCAGUUCAAGACAGUGAGAAUCUGUCAGGAGAGAGUGGUUCAUUUUAUGAAGGAACCGAUGACAAGGUCCGUAGAGAUUUGGCCACAGACCUUUCCCUGAUUGAAGUAAAACUUGCAGCUGCUGGAAGGGUCAAAGAAGAGAUUGCUGCCAAGAAAGAGGCAUCUUCACCCACAUCUGCUGACAAAUCAGGACUGAGUAGGGAGUUCGACCAUGACAGGAAACCUAGCGACAAACUGGAUACUGUCCUAGAGAAGAGCGAAGAGCAUGUCGAUUCAAAAGAACAUGCCAGGGAGACAGAAGAGGCCAGUGAUAAAGUAGAGCUCUUCGGAUUAGGUAUAACCUAUGAGCAAGCCUCCACCGAUGUACUGGCAACAACAACUAAAGAUGCAUCGCCUGAGAAAGCAGAAAAAGGUCUCAGUUCAGUGCCAGAGGUAGCUGAGGUAGAGCAAACCACAAAAGCCGAUCAAGGUCUAGAUUUUGCUGCAAAGCUAGCUGAGCAGAGUCAGUUAGAUAUAAAAGUCAGUGACUUUGGACAGAUGGCAUCGGGGAUGAAUGUGGAUGCUGGAAGAGCCACAGAGCUUAAGUUCGAGGCUUUACCCCAAGAAGCAGAUACAUUCAUGGGUGUUGAGUCUGGCCACAUGAAAGAAGGUGUCAAAGUCAAUGAAACAGAAGUCAAAGAGAAGGUGGCAAAGCCCGACUUGGUGCAUCAGGAGGCUGUAGACAAGGAAGAGUCCUACGAGUCUAGUGGUGAGCACGAAAGCCUCACCAUGGAGUCUCUGAAGCCUGAUGAGGGCAAGAAGGAAAUCUCUCCAGAGUCAUCACUCAUUCAAGAUGAAGUUGCCCUAAAACUGUCUGUGGAAAUCCCUUGCCCGCCUCCUGUUUCAGAGGCUGGUUCAUCCACUGAUGAGAAAGCUGAGGUCCAAAUGGAAUGUAUUCAGCUGCCCAAGGAAGAGAGCACAGAGACUCCGGAUAUACCUGCCAUACCUUCUGAUGUCACCCAGCCACAGCCUGAAGCAAUUGUGUCUGAACCAGCAGAAGUCCCAAGUGAGGAAGAAGAGAUAGAAGCUAGAGGAGAAUAUGACAAACUGCUCUUCCGUUCAGAUACCCUCCAGAUGACUGACCUGGUUGUCCCGGGAAGUAGGGAGGAAUUGGUGGAGACCUGCCCAGGUGAGCACAAAGGUGUGAUUGAGUCUGUGGUGACCAUCGAGGAUGAUUUCAUCACUGUAGUGCAAACCACGACUGAUGAAGGGGAGUCGGGGUCCCAUAGUGUGCGCUUUGCAGCUCUAGCUCAGCCUGAGGAAGAAAGGAGGCCAUGCCCUCAUGAUGAAGAGCUUGAGGUAGAGAUGGCAGCAGAAGCCCAGGCAGAACCCAAGGAUGGCUCUCCAGAUGCUCCAGCUGAGAAAGAAGAGGUUGCAUACUCGGAAUACAAAACAGAAACCUAUGACGAUUACAAGGACGAGACCACCAUUGAUGACUCCAUCAUGGAUGCCGACAGCCUGUGGGUGGACACUCAAGAUGAUGAUAGAAGCAUCAUGACAGAACAGUUAGAAACUAUUCCUAAAGAGGAGAAAGCUGAGAAGGAAGCUCGGAGACCAUCUCUCGAGAAACAUAGAAAAGAAAAACCUUUUAGAACCGGGAGAGGCAGAAUUUCCACUCCUGAAAGAAAAGUAGCUAAAAAGGAACCUAGCGCGGUCUCCAGGGAUGAAGUGAGAAGGAAAAAAGCAGUUUAUAAGAAGGCUGAACUUGCUAAAAAAACAGAAGUUCAGGCCCACUCUCCUUCCAGGAAAUUCAUUUUAAAACCUGCUAUCAAAUACACUAGACCAACUCAUCUCUCCUGUGUUAAGCGGAAAACCACAGCAGCAAGUGGUGAAUCAGCUCCGGCCCCCAGUGCAUUUAAACAGGCGAAGGACAAAGUCACUGAUGGAAUAACCAAGAGCCCGGAAAAGCGAUCUUCCCUCCCGAGACCUUCCUCCAUCCUCCCUCCUCGCAGGGGUGUGUCAGGAGACAGGGAGGAGAACUCAUUCUCUCUGAACAGCUCCAUCUCUUCAGCACGACGGACCACAAGGUCAGAGCCAAUUCGCAGAGCUGGAAAAAGUGGCACCUCAACACCUACCACCCCUGGAUCCACCGCAAUCACCCCUGGCACUCCCCCAAGCUACUCUUCACGCACCCCAGGCACCCCUGGAACUCCCAGUUACCCCAGAACACCAGGAACCCCCAAAUCUGCUAUCUUGGUGCCCAGUGAGAAGAAGGUUGCAAUCAUCCGCACUCCUCCAAAGUCCCCAGCCACUCCCAAGCAGCUUCGGCUUAUUAACCAGCCCCUGCCAGACCUGAAGAAUGUCAAAUCCAAAAUCGGCUCAACUGACAACAUCAAAUACCAGCCUAAGGGGGGCCAGGUUAGGAUUUUAAACAAGAAGAUCGAUUUUAGCAAAGUUCAGUCAAGAUGUGGUUCCAAGGAUAACAUCAAACAUUCUGCUGGGGGCGGAAAUGUACAGAUUGUUACAAAGAAGAUAGAUUUAAGCCAUGUGACAUCCAAAUGUGGCUCUCUAAAGAAUAUCCGUCACAGGCCAGGUGGUGGCCGUGUGAAAAUUGAGAGUGUAAAACUGGAUUUCAAGGAAAAGGCCCAAGCUAAAGUUGGUUCACUUGACAAUGCUCACCAUGUACCUGGAGGUGGUAAUGUGAAGAUUGACAGCCAAAAGUUGAACUUCAGAGAGCAUGCAAAGGCCCGCGUAGACCAUGGGGCUGAGAUCAUCACACAGUCCCCAAGCAGGUCAAGCGUGGCAUCCCCCCGACGGCUCAGUAAUGUCUCCUCUUCUGGGAGCAUCAACCUGCUCGAAUCCCCUCAGCUUGCCACUUUGGCUGAGGACGUCACUGCUGCGCUUGCUAAGCAGGGCUUGUGAAUACUUCUCCUUUAGCACUGGAGUAAUAUUUAGGCAUGAGCUCUUGGCAGGAGUGGGCUCUGAGCAGGUGUCACAUUCAUUCUCUACAAACCAUAGAUAAAUAAUCUCAUCCCCCAAACUGUAGUAAUUGUUACAAUUUUAUAUUAAAAAAUGAAUAGUAUAUGCAGAAAAUGACCUGAUUUCCAUCCGCAACAGAAACACAUGGCUUUACAUGGAUACAAUUGGACAAUUAUUUUCGCUCUGCUCUGUUUUGCAUGGAGUAUUAUUAUUAUUAUUAUAAUUUUUAAAAAUUGCAUUUUUACCUUUCAUGUGCCUGAAGGCUAUCCAAUACAUUCUGAAAGGCCUUGUUAAAAAUCCAAGCUGCUCAUUUCACUAUUCUGUUUAUGGUUGAAACUAUUAAAAACUGCCCAUUGUCACUUACUACAGGUUAAAUGAAAUCAAGGAGUCUGAUUGCAGGAAGGAAAGAGCAUGUGAGAAACACAUUUUUUUAAAAGUGUUAUUUUGUAUAAAUGGGAAGAAAGAUGUAACUAAGUUAUUAACAUUUGGGACCUGGAUGAUUAUAUCAGAGUAUACCAUUCCAAUAAAUUAUUUAACUAAAAGCUAGAUAUAAAGCAUCUGAGCUGCGGUUGAAGAAGUCGUGUCAAAGUGCAUCUGUCAAGAGUGAUGCACUUCAGGAUGGGCUUGUGUCUGAUUAGAAUGUAAGUUGAUUGGCUAGAUUUGUGUCCACACAAUCAGUUUCACACCCCCAUUUCAUCUGUUUGAUACAGUAUUAUAGAUAUAAAUAUAUAUAUAUAUAUUUCUCUGUGGCCAUUUGUGAUACUUCCUCAUAUACUUGAAUAUGAUACAUCUUUAUUCACAGUAUCUGUGUCUCCUGCACCCUUUGGUGUUGCGAUUUUAGGUAUGUGUGAGUAGAUGUUAGCAGGGUUCUCUCUCCCUAUUUAAAACUACAUUUUAAAAAGACGAAAAGUUUUAGCAUGAAGUUUGCUUCUCUGUAACAACUUUAAAGCUGUAACCCUGUUUCAGUGGCAGAAUCAAGUCUCUCCCGUGAUGCUAGAAAUUUUUAUUUUUCUUUGCUUUCACCGACAUGGAGUUUGUGGAGUGGGUCCAGUUAUACCUAGAAGGGUUUACAGACUGUUGGUUCAAGGAUCAUGGAUUGAGCUUAUGUUCAGCCACAGAAUAACUGGAGUUUUAUUCCUAUAACCAUUCAUGAAACCGAUUCCUUAUUAUUUGUUUCCGCUCUUCUUCUUGUUUCCAUUUGCUAAAGUUGAAACUAGGAAUAUGAUUUUGUAUAUGUUCUCCUGUUCUCCAAAUAGUAUCUGUUGAUUAAGUUCUCUGAUAUUUGGCUUCCAAACCCCAAAGACCCCUUGAUCAAAAAAAGGCAACAUAUUAAAAAGCUACAUACAUUAAAAACUUUGAGACACAGAUACCUAAGUUCAUCGCUCCAGGAUUCCACAUUGCCAUCUGUACAGGAACAUGGUAUGACUUAUUUAUCAGUAAAUAUUAUUCUUCUUGUUUCAAAUACAGUCUAGACAUCACAAUUCAAUUAAUUCAAUUUAAAAAUAAUACUUAAUGAAUAAGCAAUAGUCAAUGGCCCAAAAUAGAACAAAGCAUCAUCAAACCGGGUGGACUUUUUUCUUAAUAUUUUAUUUGUUCUUUUUCCUGCUCAGGAUUGGUAGACUGACUCUGAAGAGUUAAAUGUGAGAAAUUGGCUAGGUUAUUUUUAUGUCUGUGAAACAAACCAAGCCCUGAAAAUAAAGGAGAAGGUGAAUAUGAACAGGACAGAGAGGUGUCGGAGUAUCCAAGACAGAAGGCAAGGGGAUGCAAAACUGGAGAGAGACAGGUGGCGUUUUAGUGACCCAUGGAGCAUUAUGACCAAUGGAAAGCCACAUGGAAAACUUUGCAUCAAACCGAGACUGCCUUCUCAGAUAAGAGGCUGAACACACACACACAUACACACACACACACACACACACACACACACACACACACACAC